ACCUGGUGCAGCAGAACUGCAUUUUAUCGAGGCGGUAUGUAUAAGCUAAAUUCUUAAGAGCGUGCUAAGUACAUGGGACGAGGGGAUGCAACCCCACGCAAUCAUCGCUCCUGUGCUGUAUUGCACUAAAAAUAUAUGUAGGUACUGUAGUAUAUAACCUCACGGCCCUCACCGUCUAUUUCAGAUGCACGUUCUCGAUGACGGCCCCGUGGUGAUAAGGCUUUGGUUUAUAAUCUGGAGUCCGAACACGAUCUAAAGGUGAAGAGGCGGUAAGCUUGGGAUAGGGCCAAAAGAACAGAGCCAGAACUGUUGGGCGCUCCGUGACAACCCGAGGCUAUCCAUGACUAGGUUUAGUCGGCAUUCGUACUUUUGAUACGGAACAUACCUUUCUAAUUAUAUCGCUGUCAUGACUGGUUCAACAAUGCGUGUUGAGAGAUUAAUCUUGCGAGGAUGUCACUUAACUACAUCUGUUUGCUUACUGUUACUUCCUUCCCCUCUUUUCAAGACAAUGGCUUUCAAGGAUACAUGACACUCAUGCAGCGAGCUCCACCAUGAUCUUUGACAGUUCCGUCCCGAGCCACAGGGGAGGCGCGAUAUGCAUAAACACUACCAUGGGUGCCGGGUGAAGCAGGAUGAAACAAUGCAUGACCCGAUAACCCCAACCGAAUAUCUAUAUCCCGAGCACGUGAGACAUCAAUGGCACCAUCAUAAGUCGAUCAUAUUAAGUAUUUGUUUGUUUGUUUGUUUAUGCUGCCUUGACAUCGGUCCGAUCCAUGUGAAUCUCUCAUAUUGCGCCUACCAGACGCCUAUUAUCCUGGUAGGGCUCGGGAAUCAAGACCCGUCCCGCUACACAGACAGGGAUGGGCUGCAUCUGCUGUUACAUCCAGCCACCGAAAACAUUCCGGAAAGCAUCCCGUGACUGCUGUGGUGGUGACAAGCCUCAGUCAAGAAUGGUUGGAAUAAACGAGAAUUCUGCUAUCUGAUUGUGUCAGUCCAAUGGAAUGCGCAUGGGUUCUGUUGGUCAGGGGCGGGAAAUGGCAUGACAUAAGUAGAUGCGGUCGGCUUGAGGGGUACGUAUUCUCCCGUCAGAUGGACAUCAAGUUGAGUAGCUUUGGCUUUAGGAACUCUUGUGUAUGGCCAUGGCGACCUUGCCUAAUUUCGCAUAAUCUUCCCCAGUAUCUUAGUGGAGGCAUUUGAAAUUAGUAUCCAUCUUAGUUCCGACGUAGAUACCGAUGAUAUGGUCGACUAGAGUAUUAGAGGCGGGAGAAUGAGGUUGACCGAAGGCCAAAGAUUUGAGAAAAAUGUGUCGUGUUUCAUAUCUCUAAACAGCUUGAUCGAUCCUAGUUUGUAUGAGCGGACGGUCGUCUUGUCAGACUAGGCAAGUCUCGCCUACGACUAUCGACUAGAGAUGAGCUCCCCCAACGAGAUAGAUUAAUCGUGUAUAAAAAUAGAGAGGCUCCUACUUGGAUCUACUGUAUUAUGCUUAUCCGGCUGGGCAUAUCAUUUUCCACGUAAAUUAGCUCUACGGCAUGAAAGCUGACGAAACUUCCCGGGGAAAAGGAAAAAGCAAAGAAGCAGUGAGACACGCAUUGGCCAAUGGUGUAUGACAAUACUACAGAGUCGAGAGUGGCUGUAUAACAUAUGUAUUAUUAGGUGGACAGAGUGAAACGGUAUCC